UCCACCAACAUUCAUCAUGACAGCGAGAGUUCUUCUGUUGGGACUUGUGCUCAUCUGUGUGGUUGCAGACACAGAGGCGUUCCCACUAAAGCCAUACUGUUGUAAAAUAGAUGGGCCAAUAGUUUGCACCACGAUUUACAACCCUGUGUGCGGUACUGAUGGAAAAACUUACUCCAGCGAGUGUAUUCUCUGUGUCUACAACCAGUCAACAAACAUGCCAGUUUGGAUUGCUUACAAAGGAGCCUGCUCUCCUGCUUAGCUGCCCAGCAAGUGGAUAUCAAC